AUGCCGAUCGAAGCGUACAACGACAAAGUGGUGCUUGUGUCGCCAGAAAACCCAGACACCAAGGUGUCGGUGCUGCUGUACGGAGCCACCGUCACUUCCUGGACCAUCGAGGGCAAGCAGCAGCUGUGGCUUUCGUCGGCCGCAAAGUUGGACGGCACAAAGCCGGUCAGAGGAGGUAUCCCGCUUGUUUUCCCUGUUUUCGGUAAAAGCAAAGCAGACGGGUUCGCAGACCUGCCUCAGCACGGUUUUGCAAGAAACUCCACCUGGGAGUUUCUGGGCCAGACCAAGGAAAACCCGCCAACUGCCCAGUUUGCUCUCAGUCCAGAACAGGCCAACAAAGACUUCUAUUCCAAGUGGGACAACGGAACAAACGAUUUCACCCUGUUGCUCACUAUCCAAUUGAGCCCAGACAGCCUCACCACGACCAUUGAGGUCUCCAACACAGACUCCAAGUCGUGGAAGUUCAACUGGCUCUUCCACACGUACCUGGCCGUCAACGACAUCGACGACACUCUUGUCAACAAUCUGCCGGGCGAGACGUGCUAUGACCAGCUGCUCGCCGAAACGUACGAGGAAAAGGCUCCGGCUAUCGAUUUUAACGGCGAGCUCGACAGAAUUUACAAAAACGUGUCCUGCGACAAGCUUUUGCAAGUGAUCGAGCUCGGUAAGGUCGUCCACAACAUCGAAAGACAUAACCUGCCCGACGUGGUUGUUUGGAACCCAUGGACCGAGAAGUCCGCUGGUAUGGCCGACUUCGAGCCAAAGACCGGCUUCCACAAGAUGGUUUGUAUCGAGCCGGGUCAUGUCCACGAUUUCGUCACGCUCGAGCCGGGCGAGUCCUGGACCGCGUCCCAAGUCAUCAAGAAGGGCGACGCCAUCAAGCUCCAGGCCAUCUAG